AUGUUGUCUCUUCAAGCUUCUUUCUCUAUUAUCUUUUAUAUAUCCCUUCUCAGCUUUGUCAAUCUAAUCUCAGCUUCGGAUUCAAACUCUGGUCUCUGCUCUCCUUACCCAUGUAACCAACCGCCUCAACCACCUUCCUCUUCAGGCUACUCUCCAUCUGGUAAUCCUCCUCCACCGCCUUCGCCGUCUUCACCACCCCAACCGCCGCGUUCUCAAUGCCCUCCUGUUCCUCCAACAGGCUGUUGCAACCAACCACCACAGUCUACGUAUUAUUCUCCUCCGUAUCCUUACUUUUACACUCCUCCUUAUCCUUACGGUACUCUCGGCGGAGGAGAUCAAAGCGGUGGCGGCCAAGGAGCUGGAGGUGGCGGAACUGUAGCAGCGGUGGCUUACUAUGCUUCUUGUUCUUUGCCGGUUUAUGCUUUGAUGCUUUUGUUAUCUUGUGCUUUUGUUGUCUUCUAG